AUGCUGAUUCACAAUUUGAAUGCACACGAUUUAAAUAAUACCGUUAAGGCCGAAUUAGAUAUUCUUGUAUUCAAUCGUGUGCCCAAAACUGGUAGCAUACAAUUAAUAGAGCUAAUGCGCACGCUGGGAAAAGCACACAACUUUGAGGUGCAGGUCGAUCCGCAGAAUGGCGGCAUACGUACCCUGCUCGACGAGUCAGAAGAGCAAGAAUUAGUUGAUAAUAUUGCAAGCUUAGAGGAUGGCACUGUCUUUGUUAGCCAUGUGAAUUAUUUAAACUUUUCCAAAUUUGGCGCAUCACGUCCAAUUUAUGUGAAUAUGGUGCGCGAUCCGGUGGAGCGGGUCAUUAGUUGGUACUACUAUAUAAGAUCGCCAUGGAUAUUUGUACCGAACCGCCGCAAGAGUAACAGAGAAAUGCCAAACCCGAAAUGGGUGAAUACAGAGUUCGAUCAGUGCGUGUUGAGUGGAGAGAAAGCGUGCACGUACAUUGAGGGUUCGGCUAUGGAGCAAGUAGGAGAUCAUCGUCGGCAAACAUUAUUCUUCUGCGGUCACAAUCAGCGCAAAUGCACUCCCUUUAAUACUAAAUUACCACUGGAAAUUGCUAUGCAAACGGUGGAGAGGGAAUACGCUGUGGUGGGCACGUGGGAGGAUACGAAUGUGACACUGAGCGUUUUGGAAAAUUACAUACCGUCUUAUUUCCGCGGUGCUAAAAAUAUCUAUUACAUGGGUCUGAAUAAGGACAUCCGGAAUUAUAAUCCGAUGAAACCACACAUUAGUGAAGAUAUCAAAAAUAUGUUACGUAAAAACUUUACUCGCGAAAUUGAAUUCUAUCAGUUUUGUCGCCAACGUCUCCAUAAGCAAUAUAUAGCCCUCAAAUUAAAUGAUCUUAAGCAGGUUGAUAAAGAUUUGCAGGAACCACGUGAUUUAGCGCCACGUGAACCUAAAAUACAUUAA